AUAACUUGAUUCAAUUUUCUAUCCUCUCCAUCGAAAGAGAAGAGACGUACAGUGGCAGCUUCUGCUUGAGCUUCAGCGGGUACAAUGAAGGGCUUCGAAUCCGAUUUGUGUUCCGUUGUUCGCCUCAACAUCGGAGGGAAGAAAUUUUGCACUACCACUGAUACUUUGACUCAGCGAGAGCCUGAUUCAAUGCUAGCUGCUAUGUUCAGUGGUCGCCAUACUCUCUGCCAAGAUCCUGAUAAGGGGUAUGUGUUUGUUGAUAGAGAUGGUAAACACUUCCGGCACAUUCUCAAUUGGUUAAGGGAUGGCGUGGUGCCAACUUUGGAGGAAUCUGAAUUUGGAGAGCUGUUGAGGGAGGCUGAGUUCUAUCAGCUACUUGGGCUAAUAGAUGGAAUCCAUGCUGUCCUUAAUAAGAGGAAGGAAGAUGAUGAGUUACGUACAGAGUUGACACGUACUGAUAUCAUCAAGUGUAUACAAUCUGAGAGAGUCAGGUUUCGAGGGGUUAAUCUUUCUGGCAUUGACCUCUCUAAACUGGAUUUAUAUAAUGUGGAUUUCAGCUAUGCUUGUCUUAAAAAUGUGUUCUUUUCGCGAGCAAACCUUCAAUGUGCAAAGUUUCGGGAUGUUGACGCUGAGGCCUCCAUCUUUCACAAUGCAACUUUGCGUGAAUGUGAAUUUACUGGGGCAAAUCUUCGUGGUGCUUUAUUGGCUGGUGCAUGCCUUCAGAGUGCAAAUCUACAAGAUGCUUGUUUAGUAGAUUGUAGCUUCUGCGGAGCAGACCUGCGUUCUGCACAUCUACAGAAUGCAGAUCUUACUAAUGCCAAUCUAGAGGGGGCUGUUCUAGAAGGAGCUAAUUUAAAGGGUGCAAAGCUGACCAAUGCCAAUUUGAGGGGCGCAAACCUUCAGCGAGCUUAUCUGCGUCAUGUCAACCUUCGAGAUACACACUUGGAAGGUGCGAAGCUUGAUGGUGCGAAUUUGCUUGGAGCAAUAAGAUGAUAUUUGAGCUGAAGAUUAUUAAAUUGGGAAGUUGGGACAUGAUUACAGAAUGUCAAUACUAGAUGAGUGAACUUGGGAAGUUGAAAGUUAUCUUGUUUCAAGAGUACUUUAUAGUGCUGCUCAUGAAGUUGCACAUUGGGCAUUGAUUUUGUGGUUGUGCCUGCUGAUUAUCUUCUCCAACAUGCUGUCAUUGUAUGGAGGAAGCACUUUAGGCCGUUCUUGUUCAUAUUUUGUAUUGUUCGUGUGGUUUGUUGUUUUUCUAAUGUUUCCAGCGAAGGAAAAUUGCAACAUUACUAUUUAUAUAAUGUGAACCAUCUUGCGUGUAGCGUUGUACUUGGAUGCCAAUCAGGUUUGGUGGGCAUGUUAGAA